AUGAUAUCCUACUAUUUAGAAAAUAAUCCGUCAAGUAAAGGUAAGGUUAGCAUCGAUGAGGUCACACAGACAUAUAAAUUCGAUUAUCCGUGUGAAUCAUAUUCUGAUUGCACCGAGUAUGUCAUCCAUUUAUCACCCGGCCUAUACAAAUUUGAGUUAUUUGGUGCCUCAGGCGGUGCCUGCACAAACAGAACCUCAUUAUUCAUGAAUUCAGAUGGUAAUUGCACGCACCGCGAAGCUGCCUUCCUUUAUGGCGGAAAUGCUGUUUGCCGUCAGAUUGUUAACCGUGGUGGUGCUGGCGGUUACAUAUCAGGCAUUAUAAAAAUCCUCCACAAAAUAACCGCUUUUGCCACUAUCGGCGGAAAAGGAAUCCAUACUUGUACCCGAGCUUCAGCAAAUCAAGACUCCGAUUACUACCCAUCAAACAUGGUGAAAGGCGGAUAUGGAGGUGGAGGAUGGGCUGCAAAUUGGUACUGGCAACCAGGAAAUAAUGGAGCAGGGAGCGGAGGUGGCCAAACCGCCGUCAUGUUUUUGCAGAAUGAUCUUUGGCAUCGUGUAAUUGUGAGCGGCGGUGGUGGCGGUUCUGACAACUGUCCUGCUCAUCAGACUGAAUUUAUGGGAGCUGAUGAUGGUUCCGGCGGUGCUGGUGGUGGUUUUACAGCUCAAGGGUUUUGGAUUAAUGGUGAAUUAAAAUCGAGUCAUGUAGCAAAUUCCACCUACGGCUUCAGUUUCGGUUCUGGUGAAUCUGCUCAAAAAGACGGCUCUAAGAAUCAAUGGGGAGUUAAACGAGGUGAAAUGGAAAGCGACAGACCAGGAUCAGGUAGCGGAUGGUUUGGUGGAUUCGCUGGACACCAUGGUGAUGGUGGUUCUGGCGGUGGAAGUUCGUGGGUGCUGUCGAAAAAUGCAGUCAUUCCUCCCGGAGAAAUCCAAGCAUAUGACAGUUUUUAUAAUCCAAUUGGAAAACAUCCAUAUGCAUUCCUUAACCACGAGUACACAUUUAGUGACAUUAAAUCGUAUCCCGGAAUCCGGGAAGGCCAUGGUCGCUUAAUUAUCACAAUUCUCGACAACGUUAAACUUCAAACACAAAACAUCCAAUGUUUGCACGAUUUUAACUUUAUGCUUCUUUAUAUCAUUCUUAUUGAGAAAUAA